AUGUCGUCAACUGAUAAUCAGGACAACAAUGAAAUGAAUAAUAAACCUAAAAAAGUUUAUCCAAAAGAGGCAUGGCCUCGUGAUGUUGUUUUAUCGGAUGGUGAAAAUCAAGAUGAAAUAUUUGUUAUUGAUAAUGAACAAGAAAAUAGAGUUAUAUAUGAAGUUGCAAACUCUCCUAAUAGGGUCUUUCCUAAUCCUAUUCUUAAAAGAGAUAACGACCAAAAUAAGGAUAGUCGUCAAAGUAGAGCUAAAAGUGUUGUUUUUAAUCUUAGUCCUGUAUCUAAUGUAGAUUUCAACUAUAAUAUUUCAAAAAAUGAUGAAUCAUCUAAGAAUCAAAAUGGUAAUCAAACAGAUUCCUCAUCAUCUGAUGAUAGUAGUAAUAAAAUGAAUGACAAUUAA